GUGCUGUAGAGUCAAGAUGCUAGAGAAUGGUCGAGAACCGCAUCCGUUUGGAUCUCUGAGGAUUGGGGAAAACUGGAAAAAGACACAUUUAAAAAUCUGAACACAUGUGGCAAAAACAUUCAACUUUUCUCAGGUUUGAACUUAUUGUCCUGGAAGCUGUGCGUCACCAUAAUGAGGCUUGUAAUUCUUGAUAACUAUGACUUGGCUAGUGAAUGGGCAGCCAAAUACAUCUGUAAUCGCAUCAUUCAGUUCAGACCUGGACAAGACAGAUAUUUUACACUGGGUUUGCCAACAGGAAGUACACCUUUAGGAUGUUAUAAAAAACUUAUAGAAUAUCACAAGAAUGGAGACCUUUCUUUUAAAUAUGUGAAGACCUUUAACAUGGAUGAAUAUGUAGGACUUCCCAGAAAUCAUCCUGAAAGCUACCAUUCUUAUAUGUGGAAUAACUUUUUUAAGCAUAUUGAUAUAGAUCCUAAUAAUGCUCAUAUCCUUGAUGGGAAUGCUACAGAUUUGCAAGCAGAAUGUGAUGCAUUUGAAAAGAAAAUAAAAGAAGCUGGAGGAAUUGAUCUUUUUGUUGGAGGAAUUGGUCCAGAUGGUCAUAUUGCUUUCAAUGAGCCAGGAUCCAGUUUAGUAUCAAGAACAAGAUUAAAGACUCUAGCAAUGGACACCAUUUUGGCAAAUGCUAAAUAUUUUGACGGAGAUUUAUCAAAAGUGCCAACUAUGGCUCUAACAGUUGGUGUGGGGACAGUGAUGGAUGCUAGAGAAGUAAUGAUCCUCAUUACAGGCGCACACAAGGCAUUUGCUCUCUACAAAGCAAUAGAAGAAGGAGUCAAUCACAUGUGGACUGUUUCAGCUUUCCAGCAGCAUCCCCGAACUAUUUUUGUAUGUGAUGAAGAUGCUACUUUAGAAUUAAGAGUUAAAACUGUGAAAUACUUUAAAGGUUUAAUGCAUGUGCACAAUAAACUUGUGGAUCCACUGUACAGUAUGAAAGAAGGAAAUUGAAGGAGAUUGGAUCAAAAUUCUGCUUGAAUGAACAGAACACUUUUAUACAUAUAUGAAUUUUCAGCUAUGCAAUAUGAUUAAAACUUGGGGGAUUUUUGAAUAUUGUCAUUUUUGAAGUCUAAUAUCUAUGUUAAACAUUCCAUAUUUAAAAUGUGUCCAUUUUAUACUAGGGUUUAGGAGAAAUAAUUGGCUCUCAUGGUUGAUCAGCUACUUGUUACAGAAGCCACAUUGUCAAUGUAACACCACAGAAAUGUCUGCCUAUUUACAAAUUGUAAAUCAUUUUAAAGGUGACUUCUGUACAUCAAGUAUCAUUCAUAUGACUCCAGUGGCAUUAUUAGACUGUAACUUUUUAAUAACAGGACACUCCAAGCCUUUCAGGUAUCAUGCAACUAUCAUUGCAAGCCUUUACUUCCGAAUGCUGUCUUUAUUUUCUCUGCAUUACACACAAGCUUUCUGCACGUGGUUGCCUUGGUCAUCUUUCUACAGUAGCAUCUGGACAUCAAAAGUCCUAUUAGAUAUUGUUGGUACAGAAAAUUUGAAGAGAUGGCAGUGCCUAAAACUACAUUUUAUGUCCUUUUGGAACGUAUGUAUUAAGUGCAUGUUUUUUGUGCACCAUCGUCUUUAGCACUUUUUUUUCUCUUUUUACAAAUGUGACCUUAGUUUUAUUUAAUGACUUGGGUUCAUGCACUUAAUAUAUGUAUUUUGGCAAUUAUGAGCUUUAUACCUAGAAACACACUGAAGGAAAUUUUUUUUAAGAAAAAUUAUUAAACCUAUUAAACGAUUAGCUUUAUUCCUUACAUAUAUAUACUGUAUAAAAGGAUAUGAUGAAAUAUAAAAGGAAUUACUGUAAACUAUUUUAGAUUGCGUAACAAUUUGCAUCAUUAAAUUACAAAUAAAAGUAUAUUGUUUUCUAUAACUCAAAUAAAGCUUGUAAUAAACAAAUAUUAAGUUAUCUAAAUUUUAUUUCCAGAAGUAAAAUUGAACACAUGCAUCUGAAAUAUUCUAACAAUUAAUAGUAGCUAUGAGAUUGCAUUUAUUAAUACUUUUUAUUUGUUGUCAUCAUGCAAUUAGAUUUAAGAGACAAUGCCUCUGCCUAUACAGCUUCUUAAUUCUGCUUCUUAGGGAGUAAAAAAUACUUCCUUUUCACUCUUCAUAUUUUGCUUUUUAUAAGUCUACCUAGUAGAAGCAUCACUUAUAUACCUGCUUAAUCGCCUAUGUGAUUGAAAUAUAGUCUUAAAAAUAUUUAAAUAGAAAAUUAAAAAAUAAAAAUAAAUAGGACUGUUAGGAUAAAAUAUGCUGCUUUAAUUCUAGAUAAUGAAAUUUUAAUAGACUUGAGUAUUGUAAAUCGUUUUGAAUAAUUGGUGAAAUCAGUAGUAUCUCCCAGUCCCAUACCUGGUAAUUAAGUCUACUGAAGAUAUUUCCACAAGAGGCAAUAAAGCACGGUAGCUAAGCAUUGUGGUCUGAAGAAAGAAACCACUGUUUUGAUGUUGCUGGGGAAUACAUAAGUCUGAGCUUCUUCCCCUAUGAAAUAGGGUAAUAUUGCCUGUACCUCCAUUGUUGUGUAGAUUGAAUUAGGGAAUGUCUAUAGAGCUCAGCACAGUGGCUGUCAACAUGCUAAACUCAAUAAAUGGUGUCUAUUAUAAUA